GUUCCUGCUGCUUCAGUCCCAGCUCAGAUCCGCCUCCCAAGGAACCUCUUGUGUCAGACCUGGUGCCGAGACAGCCAAAGCGUCCGGUCCAGCCCGCCCCAGAGCCAGGAAAUCCCUGUGAUCCGGCAAAUUAGAAAUGCGGUCAAGGUCAGGACCUGGAACUGAGCAGGCCCUCAGUGGUCUGUCCCAGGGUGGAGACCCAAGGAGAAGGGGAGGCUCAGCCAAGACUUUCACCGGGGCAACAAGGGGCAGCCAGCCUACGGGGUCACCUGCAGGGCUCAGUGGCUGCAGUUAUGAUACUGAAGGGAUCAGAGGAGGGGAAGCAACCCCGUAUCUGGCCAGGCGGAGAGCUCGCUGGUUCUGGAGCAAAAUCUUUAGGGACAACUGCAACAGGGCUGGGAGAGGUGAGAGCUCAACAACCUCAAGGGAGGCAGAGAAUCUCACAGCAUCACCAGAGGUACAGAGCAGGGAUGGCCCCCAAGUUGACAUCUCCUGGGCUCUGCUUCAUUACCAACCUAUACUGAGAGCCCAUUGGAUAGUUCUUAAGAACACAAGAGAUGAUAGUGAAUUAAAGCUCCUCAAGGAUGGGCUGGUUGAUUUCCAACCAGGCACCUACUUUGUGGUUCAUAUUAUUCUUGCUCACUCAUCUGUUCAAUCCACAAUUUAUAUUCGUGGCCAUGUGUCCCAGGCACUGUACUAUGGGUUGGGUGUGCAAAGUAGGAAACACAGCCCCUGCCCUCCAGGAACUCUGGGACCCCAGGGCAACCAAGCACAAGGAGGCACAAAGGGAAUCGUGGUGGUGUUAAGGGAGCCACAGGGUUCAUCAGAGAAGUGUGGAGGCUUCUCCCAUAGGGGCUCACCCCGGGACUUAGCUUGUCUUCCCUCUCCUGGACCGGUUCUUCUCACCCGACUCCUCUGGUUCAGAUUUGACUUCUCUGUCGGGCACUGCCUCAGCUUCCAGCUCCUCCACGAAGCAUCUCCUCCUCCAGCUCUCAGCUGUCUCUCUCUUCCCUGCAUUUGCACAGCCAUAGUUACCUGUGGCAUCAAAUUAGGUGAUUUCAGCAGGAAGAUUACACAGACUGAGCUCAGGACCUGUGAGCCCCCUUUCUGGCCUGCACAGAAAGGCCUCGUUGGGGAAGUUCUUUGGAGGAUGGAAGGACAGAUUUUGCAGAUGGAGGGCAAAAUCAGGCUGUGGGCCUUUGGAGGAGGCAAAAUUAUCAUUCGCCUUUCUCUGUGGAGUGAGAACUCUGUAAUUUCGGAUUUUGCCUAA